AUCCCGGAUGUGAACGUCCACACCACUCAUCAAGCGAUAGCUAAAGGGCAAAGGAGUUUCUUUCUGAAGGGAUGAAAAUGUUGAAAAACUGUUGUGAUUAUCGCACGUAUCUGUACACUUUAAGAGGGUGCACUGUGCAGUCUAUGCAUUACAUCUCGAGAAAGCUGUUGAAGUAAAUAAAUCAGUAAAGUUCCAAAAUCCAGGCAUAUAAGAAUUUCCAACUUCACACAUCCAUUACCUCAGUUAGCUUUUGUGUGUGUGUGGUGAGAAUGUUUAAGAGCCAUUCUCUCAGCUAAUUUCCAUUAUACAAUACAGAAAAAGUCUAUCAAAUCAUCUUGUUGUAAUCUUUAACUACCGACACUUUUAUUAGUCAAUUAUACCUCGUUAAAGCUGAGGGGGUGGGGAGAAGAGUUUCCGGUGGCAUCCCACAUUUGCAUAACAAUAUAGAAUUGAAAAUGGGAAUCAGUUGCUUGAGGGAUAUUACUCGGUUUACAUUUGAAAGUUCUCGAGGGACACAGGAAAAAAUUGAUCCAAGAGAAACUUCCUUCCAGUGGAAAACGUACAGUUGGAAAUUUGGUGACCACAUCUCGUUGCUUGCGGUUGGUGAGAAGAGUCCCUGCCCCCCGCUAGGGCUGUGGGGUUCCAACUUCCCAACGGAGCCCAGGGCCCCGGGAUUCUAUAUCCUAAGAAGCAAAUGAGUGGGGGUGGGGCGGGGAUGGUGGGAAUGCUGAUCGCUGGAAGGCGGAAAGAUCAAAAUGGGGCCAGACACUUGAUCCCAGCUGGGGAGGUCACGUUUAAGUGUCUUGCUUUUGUAAACAAGGGUCACAGUUCCACGAGUGGCCUCGCAGCCUUACGCCAAGCCCUUGACCCCUAGAGGACCGAAGAGCCUCUUUUCCAGUGUGUCCUGGUGUUGGCCACCCUCUAGUUGUACUUGCUCCUUCUUGAAACUGAAUCAGGGAUUCCCUGUGCACACCUGCAACAAGUCGUCUUACAGAAGCUGCGGGGAGAGCACAGUCAGCCCCAGGCCUGGAAAGAGUCCUGUUUCAAUGCAAAUGAGCGAGAAAGGACAGAUUCUGGCCCAGCUGGGGAAGGUGUGUCCCUUGAGCCCAGCCUCCUCGGGAGGGGCGUGUCCUCGGGAACUGUUCAAUCAGGGGCAGCGCUGGGGCUGUGGGUGGGGCUACGCGGCGCAGCUGCGUGGACGUCUGGUUGGUUCCGGGCUCAGAAUCGCGUGUUGCCUGUUUCGCUGCUCUCGGGUGGCUCUGCCGCAGCUUCUCUCAGGCUUUUACCUGCGCCUGUCCUGUGGGUCCUAGGAAGGACUCGGGGGACCCAGGAGCCCUAGAAAUGGACUCAGUGACCAUUGAGGACGUGGCUGUGAACUUCACCCCAGAGGAGUGGGCUUUACUGGAUCCUUCACAGAAGAGACUCCACAGAGAUGUGAUGUGGGAAACCUCCAGGCACCUGGCCUCAGUAGGAAUAACAUGGGAAGGUCAUGAUAUUGAAGAUCAGUACAAAGACCUGGGGAGAAAACUCCGAAAGCAUAUGGUAGGGAGACUCUGUGACAGUGAAGAGGAUAGUCAGUGUGGAGAAAACGUCAGCCUUCUUCCAAAUCUCAGUCUGAACAAGAAAACUACAGGAGCUAAACCAUGGGGAUGCAGUGCAUGUGGAAGAGCUUUCACACGUCAUUCAUUGCUGAAAAUGCACAUUAGAUGUCACACUGAACAUAAAACAUAUGAGUAUCAAAAACAUGGAGAGAAGCCAUAUAAAUGUAAGGAAUGUGGGAAAGCCUUCACUUAUCUCACUUUACUUCAAACACAUGAAAGAACUCACACUGGAGAGAAACCCUAUGAAAGUGAACAAUGCAGUAAAGUAUUCACUUCUUCUGGUUCUCUUCAAAGACAUCAAAGAAUUCAUAUUGGAGAGAAACCCUAUGAAUGUAAACAAUGCAGUAAAGCAUUCACUUUUUCCAGAUAUCUUCAAAAACAUGAAAGAACUCACACUGGAGAGAAACCCUAUGAAUGUGAAAAAUGCAGUAAAGCAUUCACUUCUUCCAGUUCUCUUCGAAUCCAUGAAAGAAUUCACACUGGAGAGAAGCCCUUUCUAUGUAAAAAAUGCAGUAAAGCAUUCACUUCUUUCGGUACUCUUUCAAGACAUGAAAGAACUCAUACAGGAGAGAAGCCCUACGAAUGUAAACACUGCGGUAAAGCAUUCGCUUCCUCCAGUUAUCUUCGAAUCCAUGAAAGAAUUCACACUGGCGAGAAGCCCUUUAAAUGUAAAAUAUGUGGUAAAGCCUUCAUUUCUGCCUUUUCUCUCUCAACACAUGGAAGAACUCACACUGGAGGGAAACCCUACAAAUGUGGAAAAUGUGGUAAAGCAUUCACUUCUUCCCAUUAUCUUCAAAUACAUGAGAGAACUCACACUGGAGAGAAACCCCAUGAAUGUAAAAAAUGCAGUAAAGCAUUUACUUUUUCCAGAUAUCUUCAAAUACAUGAAAGAAGUCAUACAGGAGAGAAACCCUACAAAUGUAAACAAUGCAGUAAAGCAUUCACUUCCUCCAGUUAUCUUCGAAUCCAUGAAAGAAUUCACACUGGCGAGAAGCCCUUCAAAUGUAAAAUAUGUGGUAAAGCCUUUAUUUCUGCCUUUUCUCUCUCAACACAUGGAAGAACUCACACUGGAGAGAAACCCUACAAAUGUGGAAAAUGUGGUAAAGCAUUCACUUCUUCCCGUUACCUUCAAAUACAUGAGAGAACUCACACUGGAGAGAAACCCUAUGAAUGUAAAAAAUGCAGUAAAGCAUUCACUUCUUCCAGUUGUCUCUCAGUACAUGCAAGAAGUCACACUGGAGAGAAACCCUACAAAUGUGAAAAAUGUGGUAAAGAAUUUGCUUCCUCCAGUUACCUUCAAAUACAUGGAAGAAUUCAUACUGGAGAGAGACCCUAUGAAUGUAAGAAAUGCAGUAAAGCAUUCAUUACCUCCAGUUCUCUUCAAAUACAUGGAAGAAUUCAUACUGGAGAGAAACCCUAUGAAUGUAAGAAAUGCAGUAAAGCAUUCACUUCUUCCAGGUCUCUUCAGAUACAUGGAAGAAUUCAUACUGGUGAGAAACCCUAUGAAUGUAAGAAAUGCAGUAAAGCAUUCACUACCUCCGGUUAUCUUCAAAUACAUGGAAGAAUUCAUACUGGAGAGAAACCCUAUGAAUGUAAAACAUGCAGUAAGGCGUUCGCUUGUUCCAGGUCUCUUCAACUACAUGGAAGAAUUCAUACUGGAGAGAAACCGUAUGAAUGUAAGAAAUGCAGUAAAGCAUUCACUACCUCCAGUUAUCUUCAAAUACAUGGAAGAAUUCAUACUGGAGAGAAACCCUAUGAAUGUAAAAAAUGCAGUAAGGCAUUCACUUAUUCCAGUAAUCUUAAAAAACACGAAAGAACUCACUGGAGAGAAACCCUUUGAAUGUAAAAAAAUGCAGUAAAGCUUUCACUUUUUCUUGUCUUCUUUCAAAACAUGGAAGAACUCAUACAGGAGAGAAACCCUACAAAUG